UUUGGUCAAAUGGAGUGGCAGUGGCGAAUUUCUUAUGGCGACAACAUUUGCCCUCUCAGAGCCAUGGCAACGCUUGCCCUCCCUUCGCCGAGCUUUCCAAUGCUAUGACAACAUCUAACUAUUAUACAGUAGCUAUCUUCAACGUGUACCAUGUGGAAAAAGGGCAAGUCUGUGGAAGGGACGGAUUCGAGCUACUCGGAACUUAGAUCGAAGGACAGCAUAACAAUAAAGGCCCAGAAGACCUUCGACAACGUUGGCGUGAGGGGCGACAGUGUGCUGUUAAAUCGCCGACGACUUCGAUGGCAGAAUUUUGCAGAAGCAAAUGGUGAAACUGACAGCAAUCGUGAAGUCAAGGUCCAGGCCGCGUCCAAUGUCCUCCAGGAUGACGCGGCAGACUGCGGCUGUCAUGCGUUCGCUUCGUGUUUUGGUAUGCCCAUGGACAGUACCAACCAAACUUACCCAGCCCUGCGAGGUGGGGCCGCCCCAGGACUGGGUCGUGGUGGCCCGGAGGGCGGCUAUGAGGAUCUUGUGGGGAUGCCGGUGGAGCCAAAGGGCUGCACGUUUCGGUCAUUUUUCUGCUCCGGAUUCCGCAUGCGAGUGCGGACGCAAUACAUCUUAAUUGACGGCCGGCCAUCUAAGCUACGGACACACCUGAAGACCCGACGGCCCACGCGCUCCAUCCUACGGGGCAGCGCCGCAAACGCCGCUGGCAAAGCCCAAACAGCCAAGCCAGCGCAAAAGAAGCGAAUUCGCUUUUCUCCAGACACCCUUUGGUUGCCGCCUGAAAACAGCGAUGAGGAGUACGAGGAGCAGCAGAAGCAGCCCCAGCGGCCAUCACCGCAGCAGCAGCAGCAGCAACUACAGCAAGCGCCGCUCCCGAACUACGCGGAGGACCGACGACAGGCUGGCGGUGGUGGUGGUGGCGCCAUUGUCGCUGUCGGUGGGGGCAAAGAGCGGUUGUUGCAAACCGCUAACGGCAAUGUACAAAAGUCCAGUACGACGCUGGAAACACGGACGGAGGUAUCGGUCAAAAUGUCAGCGUCGGGACUUGUACCGCCGGCGAUGGGGGAUUUACCCUUCCUGGAUGCAAUGGGGGCUCCAGCGCAGAUUUUGCAGGCGCUAAAAACAGGGCGUAUCAACCCCAACGAGCUGUGCGAAUUAGUCGCCGGCCCAAACAGCGGCGGCGCCGGAAAAAGCCGUUUAGCGGCACUUGCGUUGGCCAUGGCGGAAGCUGAGCGCAAUGCUGCUGCCGCCGCUGCCGCUGCAGCUGCUGCUGAAUCCAGGGUGCAGCCCUCGCCUCCGGCGCCGCCAACGCCGCCGUCGCGGGGUAUGGCCGUACCAGGACGAACCGGCUCUGGCUCACUUUGCCUUAUGUUUGGGAGCGACGACGGUAGCUGCUACAGCGACGAUGAAGAUAAGGGCGGCGGCAAGGGCAAUGUUGGAGCCGGCAGGCCUAGCGCCGGCGCCGGUGGCAGCGCCGGUGCCGGUGGUAACACUGUAGCUGGCAGGCCUGGUGGCAGCGCCGGUACCGGCGGUGGUAAUGCUGCGGAACGACAAGCUAACGUUACGGACGCCGGUCCGGAGACCAAUGGCCCAAAGGCCGCUGGCGGAGGCGGCAGUAUCAGCGUCGCCACCGCCGCCGCCACCGUGGCUGCGACAGCGGCGGCGGCCACAAACCCAGAGGACUUCCCCGAAUCCGACGAUUUUCCAGAGGACUGGCAGGAAGCCGGACGCCAAAGCACGCCACCAGGGGUACCCCCACGCCUCACUCCUCGCCCCGCCGCGGUGUACCGGUUCCAGGCGCUUAACCGGGGGUCAUGGGGCGGCGGCGGCAACAGCGCGCCCUCGUCCUUUUCUGGCGGCAACGGCACGGGCAGCGAGAGUCGGGAGAUGCUGCGCGGAGCUGCUGCCGCCGCCGCCAACCCCUUCCGAGCUCCCCGGCUGUCCCUCCUCGCACCCACCCGAGCGCACCAAGUUCAUCCUCAUUACCCGCGACACCUUCAGCACUUGAUGCCGCAACAGCCGCAAAACCUUCGACCCAAGCAGAACCUCCUAGAGCCCCGACAAAACCAAGCCGAGCCGCGGCCAAGCCUGCUAGAGCCGCGUCAGGAGCCGAGGCAAAGCCUACUCGAGCCGCGGCACCUCUCUCAGGACAAUAACAGCAGUCGGCAGCUUAAAGGGGAGGAGGGUUUAGCAGACCGAGGGAAGGACGCGCAGCAGCAGCAGCAGAAACCUGGGGGCGGCGGCGAAGGCAGCGGCGGCGGCAAUGCCAUCGUUUGUUUGCCCGCUGCCUCUGGCAGGCUUGGCCCGUUGGGGCAGAACAGCCAUCUUGCCGGCAGCGCCGCCGCCGCCUUUCCCAGGACCACCGUCACUGCUGCCGCUGGGGCAGCAGCAGUAGUGGGCACAGCGGUUGCAGAAGCAGUGCUAAUGGAAGAUACGGCAGGUGUAAGCACCACGACAGACGGAGGUGGAUCUAUCGGCGCUCGUCUAUUAGGUUUCCUUCGCGGAUUGCUGAUGCUCUGCAUACAAGGCCCUGGCAAUGACGAGGUUGCUACCCGUGACCCACGGGUCACUGUGCCAUCGUACAUGAGAGGCCCCAGCAUGGCAAGUACGAGCCGGGACAAGCCGAGUGCCCACCGGUCAUCGUCGUCGUCAACGGCAGCUGCCGCUUCGCGUGCACUGGAGCCAGGUGCUGCAGCCGUGGGGUACGACGGCGGCUAUGGCAACAGCAAUGACGAGGAAGACAUUGGGGAUGUGGAAGGCGAUGGCGUUGGUGCCACGGAGCGUUUGGUCAGCAGGUUUAGUGACGUUGAGAAAUUGGUUCAACAGCAGUUACAGCAGAGGGAAGAGCUGGGGACCCCUCUAAGUGGCGGCAGCGACAGAGACGUUGCUGACGACAGCAGCAAUGACGGCAGCGAAGGUGACGGCAGCGACAGCCGCGACGACGAGUCUCCGGCGGAUGUUGACGUGGACGACUGCCCUUGGCGCGCGACGGAGUCCCGGGCUCAGAGCUUCGCGCAACGGUCCAGACAUGGCAAUACUUCAUACGCGAAUCUGUCGUACACCGUGCAACGGGCAUUGGACACCGUACAAGCAUGCGCCCUACAACGCAAGGCCAGCGGCGGCGGGGCAGAGUCGAUGGUGAUGGCGGCGGCAGCGCAGGCGCGUUCCCAACGCAUCCGGGCGUCGCCAUUUGCCGCGGCGGUUGGUUUGCUACAGCCCAUUGUUGCCGCCACCUCUGUUACGCCCAGAAUGGGUGAAGGUGUGUCAACUUUCGGAAUGUCUUCGACCGAACGCCUUUCUCCCGGUGCACCCGCGUCCACUCACAACCGCUUCCUUGAACCCCGGAGCAGCAGCCAAUCCAUCACAUCCCGCGCUGCGCCUGGACUCGGCAAAGGCGCCAUUGUUGACGUCCCAGCCGCCAGCGCAACUGUCACCACUAUCAAGCCAAUCCUGAAGACCACAAGCAGUUUCGGCAGCGGUGCUGCCGGCCGCAGCCAUCUAGGCAGACAAUUCUGCUCAGAACGCACGCUUAUCAGUCAUGCAUGCCGUAAGCGCGGGACCGGCGCCGAAGGCGUUGAAGAUUAUGUUGACGACGAAGAAAAAAGCGGUGAAGACAGUACGACUACAGUUCAAUUGCGAUCCCGUCACAGCCGCAGUACGGCAGCAAAUCAACGUGGGCAAUUCCAGUUCCGGCAAGGUCCCACAGCAGCUGUCGGCGGCGGCGGCAGUGGCUUGGAACAGCCGCCUUCUCCACAGGUAACUCUCGGAACAGAGCGUAGCAGUGCGGGCGGCGCCAACGGACAAGUAUCCUUUGCGCCGUUGGCUGUUUCUAGAAACGCGGGUGUACCGGUGGUCAACGCGCCAACCUCUUCACCCGACUCUCCGACGAGUUCUUGCAGCAGUGAAGUUCUCACGCUUCAGCCGCCAGUCAGCCGUGGGAUCUCGCUGGCAAGUAUAUCCGCCGUGCUCUCGCAGACCCUGACCCUGCGGCAGGAGUUGUCGUACGGCUGUGCAAGGAGAGAUUGCGAUCCAGAUCGCGCCGCCGCCGUCGCCAGCCGGAUCCGUGCGUCGCCGUUCACGACCGCAUUGACUUUGCUUCGAGGGCACUCCGUGGCCAACAUGCGGAGCCAGCUCGGCAGUGGUGGCGCCGUUGCUACAUCCGCCGCCAGUGCUACAGGUCGACAAUUCCCCGCGGAUGCCGCCAGGAGUUUUACGGUUGGAGCAGUGAACAGAACAGCCGCGGUAAGGGCGGCGGGGUCUGCUGCGCAGGCAAGUCAGCGUGAGGAGGUUAUCAGCAGGUGGAGAGUUCGUACGAAUGCUGUGCAGCGGUACGGCAGCCAUAAUGACAGAUACAGCGGCGGACAGUCCGACAGCAGCAGCAACAGCGGCGGCGGCGGGGAUGGUGGUGAAGACGGCGGAUGUAUCGGUCGUACAGCUGCUGCCGUACGAGACCUGGUGCAGAGUCCCUCUGAUUACGAUGACGCUGCUGCUGCUGCUGCUGUAGAGGGCAACAUGCUCCUGCCUGGCUGCCCGCUACCGUCCACCGUACAUUGUAGCAGUAGUCUCAGUAGCAGCGCCUCGCCAGCCGCUCCGGGGGCCGUCGUCGUCAACAGCACUAGUCAGCGAACGCUUUCCGCUGCUCACAGAAUUAAUCCUCAGCAGCAGGAUGGGGCCGUUGCAGUGGCCAGCGGUGGGCCGCUGGCUGGCAGCAGGGGCACACAAUCGCAAUCGUACACGGCGGCGGCGGCUGCCAGUACGGCAAGGCAAAUGCGACGGUUCUUCACUCAGUCCUCAAGGGCUACUGGCAUGCGCCCCGUGGGGAAAGAAGAUGGUUUGGGGGAAGAAGAUAGCAUGUUGGACCCACCUGCCGGUCGGAGGGCCUUUAGUUAGGCGGUGCUUGGGCGGCAUCGAUUGAAGCAAGGGCAUGGGUUGGAAGAAGCUUGGGCGCACAGCAGGGUGGGGAUACAAAUGUGGAUGAUGAUUGUUGGUGUCUUUUGUGUAGUAUGUAUAAAUGUGGGUUACAGGUCGCAGGUGUUGUAGCAUCAUCGAGUCUCCUGGGUCGGGCGGCUCGGUCCGAAGGUUUUAUGCUGGGGGUUACACGAUUGGUCUAGCCGCCAUGCAUUACAAGGGGUAUGCGCAUCGUAGGUGUACAUAUGCUGUUAUGUGCAUCUGCUACUGCUAGUGGAGGGAACUACGACAAUCAUCCCACGCCUUGCUAUUCGGCUGGAAGGGGCAUAGAAUGGCUUUUCACUGUGCGCAUUUGACCACGUUACAGGAGCGGGGAUGCUUUGAUAACAAAUAGGCCAGGCAGCAAUGGCCUUACUAAGCAGCAUUGGGGGCGCACGUCGGCAUGUUUGAACUGUUGUGCAUGACACACCAAAGUGUGGGGAACUGCGGGGUUGUCGGAAGGUAAAGCCUGCUUACCGUUUGUACGCACGCACUGGGAUUACCGGUACUGUUGGGGGCAGUAAAUCUAACGCAUUGCAGAUUGCACCGGUUCCGAAUGUGGCCUUCUUUGUGGCUCAGAAGCCGGGCCGCGCUGCUGCUACAUACCCGGUGCAUCGCUUAGCUAGGUUGAUCGAGCGUGAGCUGUCGUAUGCCUGGGGUGACAAGUUGAUCCGCUGAAUGGUUCCCCUGAUGUGUUUUGAUCGUCGCUGCCAUUUAAGAUGGAGCCUUAAGAACUGACUAACAAGAAACAGGGUGCGUUGGUUUGUAACGUGCACGUGCGGCGGGUGCCUUACUGGGAGCAGGAGUGCAACUUUGCUGUUCAGUGCAAAACCUGGAAACGUCUGAAGUUUGGUUGUGAUGUUGUGUUUUUGCUACAGUGAUGCCCUUUCCAUUUGUUAUCCUUGGAGAUUUGCCUUUGAUGGACGUCUGGAUGCACGGUAGAGGCCGGCUGUGAAUGGAUGGAAACCAUACCACGGUGGAGGCGUGUGCAGGGCAGGAUGAAUGGUUUCUAUUUCUCCAGCGCAGGCUGCUUGCUUAGGAAGGGUUUUAUGGAACUAUGUGGUAAUGCAUGACGGCAACAAUAAUGCCGUUACUUCUAUACGUGCGUAACAUCGAUAAACAUGUAUACAUAUUCCCCACAUUCGGCGCCCCAGGGGGUUAUAUCCGCAAUUGAAGCAUUGAGAUGACACCUAAGUACUGCGUGGGUUUUGACCUCUUUGACUAUCGCCUAAGGGAUGGUUCGCUUCCGUACUGAGGACUGAAAGGGCUCUACGUAUGGCACGCCUGACGACCCUCGGGCGCUUGUUGCUUACUUGAGAUGGUUUUCCAUGCUUGUGUGUGCACUAAUAGUGUGCUUCUUAGCAUUCAGCGCUCCCAUGGACACACCUUUUUGUAUCUACCCAAUGCUCCGCGCACCAAAGAGUGCAUGCUAUGACUGCUCUUUGCAACCCCGGGCUUAACAACGGUAUGCUGAAAGGGACACGGUUUUGCAGUUAUGUAUGGAUUUUUUGCGACUGGUUCGAUGACUAUGUACGAUAAUGGACUAGCGGUAUUUCAAUUUAAGCAACUAUCAUUCUUGCACGGUAUGAGGCG